AUGGAUCCUCGUGUAGCUUGGAAGGAGUACUUGAGGGAGCUGUGUUUCUCCUACAACGACUCUUACGAUGAGGAAGAUGAUAUGUUCAUAGAGACUAUGAGAUCCUGGCAAGCCGAGUCGGAGGAAUCAAAGAGGCGACCUUGGGGUGGUUCAGUGCCUAGUCGGAAGCGCAUCCACCUUUAUCGGCUGGAGGGCCAUAUUAGGUUGUACAAUGACUACUUUACCGAUCCCCCUGUGUACCCUGACUACAUUUCCCGUCGCCGGUAUUGCUACAAACUGCGACUCUCCACAUUCAUGAAACAUAACCUUUUCCUCAAGAUCGUGGGGGCGGUUAAGGAGAAGGACCCGCGGUUUCAACAGAGGAGGAACGCUGCAGGUGAGCUAGGGCUGUCCGUGCUGCAAAAAGUGACUAUGGCGUUUCGUAUGCUAGCAUACGAUGCGCCGGCCGAUUCUCUAGAUGAAUGCCUCCAUCUAGGGGAGAGCACCAUCAUUGAGAGCAUGAGACGUUUCGUUCGUGCUGUCGUCGAAGUGUUCGGUGAUGAGUACCUCCGUUCUCCGAAUGAUGAGGACACUGCUCAUUUGUUUGCUAUCAACGCGAGCAGAGGGUUUCCAGGGAUGCUGGGAAGCAUUGAUUGUAUGAAUUGGAGGUGGAAGAACUGUCCGACGGCGUGGGCAGGUUCUUUUACCAGCCAUGUCAAUGCUCCGAUGAUCAUUCUCAAGACGGUUGCAUUGCAGGACCUGUGGAUCUGGCAUGCCUUUUUCAGCAUGCCUAGUUCACUAAACGACAUUAAUGUUCUACACCGGUCACAUUUCCUCGACGACCUUGCCGCAGGCGAGGCCCCUAAGGUUCACUACAGCAUUAAUGGGCACCAUUACACCAUAGGCUACUACCUUGCGGAUGGCAUAUAUCCGGAAUGGGCCACGUUUGUGAAGCCCAUUCCAUCGCCUGUUGGCAGGAAGCGGCAACACUUCGUGCUACAGUAG